UUCGCUUGUGCCUGCACCUUCCUUGGCUCCUUAGCAUCCCAGUAGAGCAGUGCAGCAAUCCCUCAAUAAUCCUAGCCCCCGAGCGUCAGGAGACCUUAGGAUUUUGGGAUGGCGAAUCCUGCAGAUUCCAGCUGUGGGGAAAAGCGGAAGCGCGAAGAGGACAAACCAGCAGAAGAAGAAUCAUCUUGGGUGCAAAGCAGAUGUGGUGGUGUUCAAGAGCGAUGCACCCAUCCCCGACUCUGUUACCACAAAGAGCCAAGGAACUUUCCACCAACCUGUGGCCAUCAGUCUUGAAGAUGCGCCAAUAAUUGAAGAAAAUCCACUGACAUCAUUAGACGAGUCAUCAGGGGACGGUGGUCGUCAGCCACGCGGAAGAAAUAAUCCUUCACGCGAAAGCCGCGAGCAAAUAGAUCCGGCCCCUUCGAGUGCUCCUGGCCCAACUUUGGGCCAGAGCAUGAGUGGUGCUGAGGGUACUCAGAAUACCUCCACUCCUGCUCCGAGUCCAGCAGCCAGUACCGGUCCAGCACGGAGGGGGCUGCAAGUACCUAGGAAACUUAUCAUCAAAAGGGCAAAGACGUAAAUUUUUUACCUGAAAAGUAGUUGAUACUUUUCCAGAUGAAUCAUGGGUUCCUUUUGAUUUUGUGUAAUGCAGGAGUGUUGCCGAGUUGAGCCUGCUGCUGCUGCAGUCGUUUGGAGUACCGUCGACUGCUUCGGCUCAGGGCCCCAUGAAUGAUGCCACAGAUAAGGCAGCACCCGAUGCGGGAACGCCUGCUCCGGCAAGGAUUUAACCUCCCUCUCCUGCUGCUAAAACGGCGAAUAUGGAAGAGGCGGAAUAUAGGGAUCCUGAUGGAUCGGCAGAACCGUCUACUUGUUAAGGCACGCCACCCCCGGGGUCAGAUCCACUCGGGACUUCAGUCCCCGAGAUGUCUCAUCCUGAGCUGGUGGAUGAGAUCCCAGUUGGGCUGAUCGAGGACGAUCUCCUUGAGGAUGAUUUGUGCAACAGAAUGUUGAACUCACUGUGUCGAGUGUAUAAACACCAUAAGGUUCCUGUGCUGAAGCAGGAACUUGAAGAAAAAGAUGCUGUCAUUGCCGAGCUCGGGAGGCAGUUGGCUGCUGCUCACGAGAGUGGUGGAGGCCCUGGCGCUGUGAGUACUUCUAGCCAGUACCAGGUGGAACUGGCUCAAGUCCAGAGAGAGAGCGAUCAAGCUCUUCAAGAUUGUGCAGAACUGCAACAAUCAAAUGCAGAUCUCGAAGAGUACAAGAAAACCAUCGAACAGCAGUUGGAUGGGACUGACAAAAAGCUUGUUGAGAACAUGUACACCAUCCAGAAGCUGAACCGCGACAAGGAGAGGAGGGAUCAAGAGAUCUUUGACCUGGAGGAGGCAGCUCGAAUUGUCAAAGAUAUGGUGCAGCCCCCUCAUCCUGGCUUUGUGGACUCAAGGUCCUAGUUGGAACGAUUGAAACAAGUUCCAAUAUGGUUAAAAGAUGCCUCAAAGAAGAAAUCCUCGAGGAAGUAGUUGUGUACUUUGAUGUAGAAACUUGAUUUGUAUGAAACUUUUGUCACUUCUUGGGAUGUAUGAUAUCUUCUAGUAUAUAGUCUUCAAUCCUCGCAUACUCGUAAU